GUGUGUAUAUGGAAGGCGGAGGUUGCCAGAGGCGACGUCACCCACCCUCCCGUCUUUCUCUGUCAAAGUUUAGAAGUUCUUCCACCGCUAAGAAAUGGCCUCUCGCCUGUUUGAGGAUAAAGAUCACGCUGCUUUCUAUAAGAAAUACCGGCUCUCGCUUCAGGAGAAUUUGCAAGCCGUGGUCCUCGCGUUCCUAGAGAAAAAGGUGAAAUGCUUCCAACUGGGAGUGGAUGUGGGAUGUGGUUCAGGUCAAAAUACUUUCCUGCUGGCCAAGUAUUUUGAAAAGGUGGUUGGAACAGAUGUGAGUGAAGCUCAGAUUGAGGAAGCUAAGCGAGCAGCACAUCCUGUCAAUGUCUCAUAUCUUGCAAGUCCUGCAGAGAAGCUCCCAUUUGAGGAUAACUCUGUGGAUCUCAUCACAGCUUUUAGCGCUGUGCACUGGUUUGAUAUCCCCAGCUUCAUGAAAGAAAUGGACCGGGUUCUCAAACCAUCUGGCUGCUUUAUCUUGUGUUCCAACACUCUUGAUAUGGAGUGGCACUAUGGAGAUCAGUCGGAGAAGCUGACGGAGAUCUUCAAGGAGAUUCAAGCUCAACUUCUUCCUUAUACACAUGAAAGGGUCAAAUUCGUUGCGGAUGACUACAAAGCAAUAUUUGAUGCUCUGCCCUUCCAGGAUAAGGAAAGAAUCACAGAUAUUGUUGAUAAAAUUCCCAAAAGUGUCUCUGAAUUACUGGGAUAUCUCCAGUCCUUUUCUAUGUACCACAGUUUUCUAAAAGCCCAGCCUGAGGCAGCCAAAUCUCUCAUUCAGAAUGCUGAACAAAGAAUUCUGGAGACAAUGGGAGUUUCUUCACCUGAAACCAUGCUGGAGAUUUGGGCUCGACAAGUUUGCAUUCUGGGUAGCAAAAAGUAAUUUUGGCCUGCUUGGGGGUGAGCCAGCAGGAAAACCCCCAACCCAUUUCAGUGCCAAGUUUCAGUUCAAUGAUUACUACUCUUGAACAGCUUUCUAAUAAAAGCAAUGCCCUGUUUAUUUCUAAGAGGAGUGAAAGGCAAAUGUAAAAUUAAGUAACCAUUUAAAAAAAUGAAAGAGCAGAAGGUGAGGUGAAAGGAACAUUGGACUUUAAAUAGCUAUUCAAUUUUCUACCCAUAACACUCACUGUUUAACUUUGAGCUAACUAUUGACUACCGGUAGGUUUAAAUUACUAAUUAAGCUAGACUGGGAGUUGAUUUCCAAACAUUUUAAAGUUGCUAAGAUUAAGAAACACUGGACUAUUGAACACACUGCGUGUAACUCGGCAACUGCAGUUGGCUAAACAUGGCAGUCCAGCUGCUGUCAAAAACCUGAGGUAAUAGUGGGGCUAAAGUUGCUGCUUUGGUUAACAAAAGAUCUCUAGGCUCAAUUUAAAGUGCAGGUUUUAAUCUGUAAAACUUUCCGUCGUGACUCUGGUGUAGGUUCAGGAUUGUUCGCAGCUAGAAUCUGCCUGUCCUACAGUAGUGGCCAAAAUUGUGGAAACCUUUUGGGAAAAGUGUAUUUUUGAGGUUUGAUGGCUAAUAACAUCACUUUUUUUUUUUUUGGAGUUUCAAGAUAAUCAUAUUCCACUGUUGGAAUGGCCUGGGAAUAGCCCAGACCUUAACCCAAUUGAAAAUCUAUGGAGCCAACUAAAGAAACGUGUUAGUCAGAAGCGACCCAGCAAUAAAACCCAGUUAAGAGAAGCAAUCAUUCAAUCUUGGUUUCACAUGAUAACAGCUGCAGAACUAAAAGACUUGGUUCACUCCAUGAGAAGACGUUGUAAGGCUGUAAUUCAUGCUAAAGGUUACUGUUUCGGAUAUGCUUUUAUUAACAAUGUAAAACUAACUAACAACACUUAUAAAGCGUCUUCAAAGGCAACACCCAGGAACCGGAAACACCUCAUAGAGGCACAUAGAGAUAAAGAUUAAAAGCAAACACAACCCCAUAACAUCUCCCCUUUUCUAAUAACCGCAACACUUUCUACAAGUUGAGUCUAUCAGGGGGGCAUGAACAUCUACCACUCCGAGUAACAAUCGUCUCUCUCACACAUGACUCUCUCACGCAGGCCGGAUCUCUUCGCUCGCCAUUUUCUGAGGCCUCGGAUGUUUGGCUAUCACCAGACACACCAACUUGCUCAGGACUGUCGUCAAUGUCAGACGGGCAAUCUUUAUUAUCCUUAAGUAGGUUUGGCUUGGCAACUGGCUCUGACCCAUCCACUGGAUAUGAGGAGUCUGGUUGCUCAGCCACACGCAAGUCCACACGGUUCCGCCGAUAUCGGGUUCCUCCAACCUCCACCAAAUAGGAGCGAGGUGCCACUUGUUGUAAACAGGUACCCCUUUCCCAACGGCCAAUCCGAUUUCCAGGCAGUGGAGUUAACUUUAACUUUGGCAAGUCUCUUGCAGAUCUAUCAUAUUUGGCCUUCGCCACUUGCCUCUUCUGCCGUAGCCUUUCCGGGACCCCUUGUAUCACCACGGGCUCAAGCAACUUAUUUGCCAUGGGUAAGGAUGUCUUUAAUCUCCGUGACAUUAAUCUUUGUGCUGGGCUAUUGUCCAUACCUUCGGUUGGGGUAUUCCUCCAAUGUAAAAUAGCCUUCCACGGAUCGCUACAUUCGCCAUGUGCUUUCCUACAUAAGUUCUUAGCAAUCUUUACAGCUGAUUCGGCUUUUCCAUUCGCUUGCGGAUAACGUGGUGAUGAAGUAAUAUGAUCAAACUCCCAUUCAGCAGCAAAUUUCUUGAAUUGCAGACUUACAAAUUGAGGACCAUUAUCUGUAAUCACUACAUUUGGUUGCCCGUAACGUGCAAACUGAGACUUACAUCUCUUGAUGGUGGUCUCAGCUAAAAGGUCUGGAAGGAGGUCAAUUUCCCAAUAAUCCGAAUAAUGGUCCACUAUUAUCAAGUGCUCUUUCCCUGCAUAAUUAAACAAGUCCACACUAAUGAUCUGCCAAGGUCGCGAUGGUAUCUCAUGUGACAUCAUAGUUUCUUUCUGUUGCCAAUAUGCAUAUUCAUUACAGAUGGUACAAUUACUGACAAAAUCCUCAAUUUCGCCUCGCAUAUUCGGCCAGUACAAUGUGUCACGGGCUUGUCUAUAGCAUGCCUCCCCACCAAUAUGGCUUGAAUGGAUGUGCAAUAACAUCUCCGGUCUCAAUAACUUUGGCACUAUAACUCUUGGACCCUUAUACAGAAUGCCAUCUUGUACAGCGAUCUCAUCUCUGAAGGACCAGUAUUUCCUUACAAUCAUGGGAACUGCCUCUUUCACAUCUGGCCACCCACUCAGCACGAUAUUCUUUAGUGUCUGUAGGGCCACAUCAGCAUCUGUAUGUUGCCUCAACUGCUGUAACCGCUGAUUUGUACCAUUAAGAUAAUCUGCUUGGUUAAUUUCAGCAAAACAUUUGUUCUUGUCGCAGCCAACAAACCGGUUUUAUUAGCUAGUUUUAGAAAAUACGCUUUUCCCAAAAGGUUUCCACAAUUUUGGCCACUACUGUAUGCAUUUAUUCGAGAUGCUCUAGGACUCGCAUAAGGUUUUAGGGAAGGGAGCCUAGAAGUGGUGUUUUUCAAGAGCUCCAACAUAAUGGGACAGCUGAAACAAUUUAGCUGCCAAACCUGCCUGGUGUUUGCAAAACCUUUAAAAAAACCUGAAGGGCAUUUGAACUUAUCAAACGUUUUUCUUUCAGUGGUAUGUUUUUUAAAUAAUGGAUUUUAGGGGUGUUGGAGGAAUAUUUUAUUUGCAAUGGUUGCAUUUUGUAAUAAGCCGCCUAAGCGUUUUGUAAUUGGGCAAUAUACAAAUUGUUGUAAUAAAUCUAUAAUAAAAAGCCACCUAUUAAAGACUUAAGAACAGAAUCUAAUUGCCAUUAAUCAUGAAACUCUGUAAGAUUACACUAUACCAUUCAUUCCAUGGAUCAACUUCAAAGAUUUUAUCAUAAUGCCCUCUUUUAUAAUCAGGAUUAAUUAUUUUGGUGCCUUUGGCUUCCUUAUAAAUGCUGCUGUUUAUCUUCAUUCUGCAUAUUUUCUACAUAGAUCUGUUUUGGACUGAUUAAAACAUUCAGAGGGUUCUUUCAGUUAAAAAGAACUUUAGAGAAAAAUGAUGCUUUUUUAUUUCAGGGAUUCAUAAGUAUACUUCCCUAUUGGACUUGAUGAAGUAACAGGCUCUUUUCCCUUUCUCAAACAGAAAACAAUGCAGGAUAUAUAUUGCAAUAAAAAUAAAAAUAAUUCCUUCAACACUGUCAAACUAGUUACUAAGUCUGCAUUACUAUUAAUCUUUUCAUCAUUCCUAUCACCCAUCUCCUCCCACUUAUGACUGUUUGACUGUAACCUUGUUGCUGGUAUCCUUAAGAUUUAUAUUGACUGUUUUCCUAUGACUAUCAUUAAGUAUUGUACCUUAUGAUUCUUGACGAAUGGCAUCUUUUCUUUUAUGUACAUCGAGAGCGUAUGCACCAAGACAAAUUCCAUGUGUGUCCAAUCACACUUGGCCAAUAAAGAAUUCUAUUCUAUUCUA